GAAAGAAGAAAAAGAAAAAAACGGGAAAGAAGAAAGAAUUAAAGCGAAAAAAGAAGAAAAAACUGAAAAAAAGAAAGAUAAAGCAAAAAAAAAGAAAGAGAAAGGGAAACAAAAAAAAGAAAAAGAUGAAAGUGAAAAAAAAAUAGAAAACGAAAAAAAGAAAGUGAAAAGAAAGAAAAAAAAGAAGCAGGAAAAGAAGAAAAGAAAGAAACAAGAAAGAAUAAAAGAAUUAAGCGGACAAAGAAGAAACUCCCCAAAAAAAAAGAAAGAUAAAGCAGAAAAAAGAAAAGAAAAAGUGAAACAAGAAAAAGAAAGAAAAAGACAGAAAGAAAGGGUAAGAGAAAAAAAAAGUGAAAAAGAAGAAAAAGAAAGAAGCAGGAAAGAAGAAAAGAAUUAA